AGGAAAUAAUUAUCAACUUAAAUUAGCCUUACUAAUUCUUUCGAAGGUUUUUGAAUGAAGUGUCGUUAAGUUAGGGGUGAGGCAUUUAUUUAAUAAGUCAAAGUAUUUUGUUGAGGAUUGAUUAAUUAGCAAUAACUUAAUAUUGUAUAUACUAUAUAUAUAUAUAUCACAACAAUUCACAACCAAGCAAUAUUAUAUUAUGCCAUCUAAAUAAUAAUUGGCAUACCAUGCAAAUUAUUCUCCUAUUUUUACCAAAUAAAAUCAGUCAACACGCAUCUCACCACACAAUCAAAUCAAGUACCAUGCAUACAAAAAUCAUCCCAAACACACCUAUAUAUAUCAUUAGGACACUAAUAUUUCAAUAUUGUCUCUCGAUCACAAUCCCACAAUCCCCAAAAAAAAAAAAAAAAAAAAAUAAUGGCGAAACCCCAUUUCGUAUCAAUGUUGUUGCUCUUCAUUCUGUGCACAAUAAAAUACUCCAAUUCUCUUGACCUGCCCAAACCAGGUAAAAUAUUGGAUAGUCUUAAAAAUACGACAAAUGGGGUUUCGAACAAAACAUGCUUGCAUUGCAUUGGUGAAUCGUCAAAGUUUUUUGCUGCGCAUAAUUUGGCUCGAGCCAAGAAAGGGUUGCUACCUCUCUUGUGGGACUCUAAGCUCGCCAAGUACGCGCGAGGUUGGGCCUUGCAAAGGAAAGCUGACUGUGCACCAAAGCAUUCUUUCUCGGAUGGUCAGUUCACGCUCGGUGAGAACAUAUUUUGGGGCAAUGGCUCUGAUUGGACGCCAACCGACAUUGUUAACAUAUGGAUGGAAGAGGAAAAGAACUACUCGUACGAGAGUAAUAGUUGUGUCGAGGGAAAAAUGUGCGGCCACUACACACAAAUUGUGUGGCGGAGUACCAAGAAAGUGGGUUGUGCUAGGGUUGUUUGUGACAAUAAAGACACAUUUAUGAUUUGUAACUAUGAUCCACCGGGUAAUGCUUUCGGUGAGAAACCGUACUGA